GGUUUCAGUCGAGUUUGGUGUCUCAGCGGCGACACACACAGCGACCACAGAGCUAAUGAUGUUGAUGAUGUUGAUGACUAAUACCCAGUUGAAGCUCAGUGUGGCCAUUGUCGUUGGGCUGUGCCUGUGCCUCGGCCAGCUGCAGGCAGCGGCCAUACUCUGUGGUACGGAGGUCAAGUCACUGGAAGAUUCGGCCACGACCACCCCAAAGCCGCACAGUGAGGUCACCAAGUUUGUGCACAGUGUGCAGUGCACCUUGGAGAAGGCCAAACCCUGGAUCGAGAACAUUGAGAAGGAGGCCAAGCUGCUGGAGGAGAAGGCCCGCGAUGUGACACGUUCGCUGCUCCAAAGGAUUACGCUCUUUGUGAAUGUGCUCACGCUGCCAAAGCCGGAGAAGCCGCUGAGGCCUGAGGAGUCAGAGGAGUCGGAUAAACCUGAGCAGCCGGAGCAGCCAGAGAUAAGCCAGAAGAACAAAGACACCGAAAAGCAAAGUUCCACCACGGAGGGCAUCACUUCCAGCAACGAGGAGGCAACAACAACAGCAGCUACAACACCCGCAAACAUCGAGUGGCUGGCAGACGAAGCCAACGAAGUCGACAACGAGCUGCCACACGGCAUGAAUCAUUAGUUUAUAAACAUAAAUAACUGAAUACAUAAUAUAUAACAUGCAUGUAUCUACUUACUAUAUAUAUUCUAAUAAAUUAUAAAACUAGUUUUAGUUUAUGAA